CUUUCUCUUAGGUCGAAAGUAACCUUCAAAAUUACUUUAACUUCUGAUCCGAAAUUACCAUUCAAAGUGUACGUGAAAACUUAUUUUCAUGCCAGUAUUAGUAACUUUUUGUUAAAUGGGGUUUAAACCUUAAAUAUUGCUCAGUAAUUGACGUUAAAAUUCCAUUUACAGACUUAGUGUUCCAGAGGAAACGCCAUUUACCGCAGUCUUAAAAUUCGCCGCCGAAGAAGUAAGUUAUCUGACCGAUUUGCGAUGAAUCCUUAAAUCAUAACACAGUAUGCAACAUUUAACUUCAGUUGAAACAAGCUGUUUGUAUAAAGAUCUGAUCUACUAUGUUAACAAAUAUUGAUCUUUAGUGUUCUCGUUCCGUAUUUUGUUUGAAGUUCAAGGUUCCUCCUGCUACCAGUGCAAUUAUUACAAACGGUGAGUUAUUUUGAUUUCCUCUGUAAGAAAAGGAAAGUCUUCCCUUAGUGCUAUGCCGUUUCUAGUGAAUAUGGUUGAAUGCUGUUAAUCAGGAUCUUAAACCCCUAAAGUACACUGCCAAUUCCUUUGCGAUCUUAGCCGGAACUGAUACUGCAGCAAGCAAAAAUGAUGUGAUCAUGGCAAGACAGCUAUGGCGAUAAGAACUGUGGGUGGGUUAUCAUAACUGUGAUUCCAGUAUCGCAAUACAACUGAACCUGUCUUAAGCAAACAUCCAAAAGUCCCUUGCCAGCGUUCAUUUAUUGCCUCGUCGAUACAGCUUUUAGCUAAUUGCACAAUAAUAACUAGUAGUUCGCUCAAGCAACACAGAAGUCAUCUCAGUCAGCUUGGAUCGGCUAAUGUUCCUGUCUUAGACCAAUUAGCUUCUCAAAAAAUUUAUUCUACAUAAUUAGCUUUCUCUCAAUGAUGUAAUGGAUGGUUUAGGGAAAAUGUGCAAGGCAUCUAAUAACUCAUCAAACCUUUUCCUUUUCUAGAUGGCAUUGGCAUAAAUCCAUCACAAAGUGCAGGUGAAUACCCUAUCAUGUAUAUCUUGUAAAUUUACCUGAAUGUUUCCUCAUCCAAACAUAUCUGCCUUCUCUCCCCACCCUUUAUUUCUAGGUGAUCCCAGACAAUAGAUUGAAAACUGCAUUACCUGUCAGCUGUAGGAUAAAAUAAAAAGAUAAAGAUAAGGGGGAAAAUGAUGCACAAAACUUGAGCCAAAAAUUGUCCUGUUUGGCCCUCACUUUCAGUCAUUAGGUAACAGUACAUAUCACUUUCCACCUCAGUUUGCUAAGUGAAUAUGUUGUCUGUUAACCUUCACACUAACCGCUGCCUCCUCUCCUCCCCUCUCCCCCUACCCUCCACUCAGUAGUUGGUCUAAAAUGAACCUGUGAUCAUGUUGAGGCAAGAAAAAUGCAAAGUUGUGAUGAAGCAUACUGUAAUCCAAGUAGUUGUUGGGUGGGAGGUUGUUGACCAUUCUAAGAGUUGGCUUCUUUUCAUAGUAAAUUCACAACAGGAAUUUUUCUUGAGACAUGUUUUAUAUUUAGACCUACACCUAGUUACAUUGCUUAUUUACUUACUGUGUACUGUGGUAAUACUGAAAAUAGCUUAGUGAAGGACAAUUUGCACAAUUAUAACAUGCUUCCAACCUGUUGUUGUUUCAUAGGAAAUGUGUUUUUAAAACAUGGAUCAGACCUGAGAAUUAUUCCAAGAGACAGAGUGGGAAGCAGGCUCAUAACAUAGGAGAUGACACUGUAUUUAGACUUAAUAAUAACCUGAAUAAAAUACAUUUUACCCACAUUUAAAGACUCUCUCAGUAUUUAUUGAAAUACAGAGGAAUACAACAAUGCUUGAACAUAUAAUUCUUGUAAGUAAAUGUACUUGAUAGACACCAAAAAACUUUUAAAUUUCUGUCUAGUUAAUAUUCUCUUUGACUAAUGUGCUUGGGUUCAAUAGUUUCAUUUUUUGUAUUCAGUUUUUUUUAAAAUGUGUGGUAUAGUCGUGCUUUUCUUAUUUCAAGAAGUUGUGACCUGACCAAUGCCCAGGACCCUUACAUUAUGCAUGAAAAGUCUCUGGCAAUUGUCAUUUGCAGCAUCAGUGAUACUUUAGAGACAAAAAAAAAAUUAAUUCCUUUUGAGGCAUUGAAGAAACCAGGAGAAAUGUGUGUGAUGUGCAGAUGGUUAGGAGUGCAAAGACCAAAGGAACUAAAGGAGAG